AAACACACCGUAAGUGUUCACUUCCAUUACCCCUUAACCUUCCCCUUCUAAAAAAAACAAAACACACACUUACACGCACACUGUAAUAAUUAGAAACCUGUGUGAAAUUACAACAGUAAACUGUGGAGUGUAAACAGAGCUGCCGAUUCAAACCAUAUUAUUGUUUUCCCAUUCAGAAGAGUACCGACGUGAUGAAACCUCCUUUCCACAUGGCCUUUCUUUUCCUUAAAACUAUUCGUUGAUAAAUCCCUUUAAGAUUCUUCCACCCAAAUGACAGACAAGAGGGAGUUUCUUUCCCACAAAUUACCAUUAUAAAAACUCCACCUUUGUUCUAUACUUUCUUGAUUUUCUUCAUACACUUUCUUGAUCUGAAUUCUUGAUUUGGAUCAAUGUCGAAGAAUAUACUAGUGACAGGUGGAGCUGGGUACAUUGGGAGUCACACGGUGUUACAGUUGCUUCUAGGUGGUUACAAGACUGUCAUUGUUGAUAAUUUGGAUAAUUCAUCUGCCAUUGCUGUUAAAAGGGUUCAAGAACUUGCGGGUCAAUUUGGUUCUAACCUUUAUUUUUACAAUAUUGAUCUACGUGACAAGCCUGCAGUUGAAAAGCUUUUCGAGUCUAACAAGUUCGAUGCUGUUAUCCAUUUUGCUGGACUAAAGGCAGUGGGUGAAAGUGUCCAAAAACCUUUGAUGUACUAUAACAACAAUAUUGCAGGUACAAUUACCUUGUUGGAAGUCAUGGCAGAGCGUGGAUGCAAAAAUCUUGUGUUCUCAUCAUCGUCUACUGUCUAUGGCUGGCCAAAAGAGGUUCCUUGUACUGAGGAAUCUCCCAUAAGUGCUGCAAAUCCUUAUGGAAGGACAAAGCUCUUCGCUGAAGAAAUUUGCCGGGAUGUCUACCAUUCUGACUCUGAAUGGAAAGUCAUAUUGUUGCGGUACUUCAAUCCUAUUGGUGCACAUCCAAGUGGCUCUAUUGGUGAUGAUCCACGUGGAAUUCCAAAUAACCUCAUGCCCUUUGUUCAACAAGUUGCUGUUGGCAGGAGACCAGCACUGACAGUUUAUGGAACUGAUUAUCCAACAAAGGAUGGUACAGCGGUACGUGAUUACAUUCAUGUUGUUGAUUUAGCGGAUGGCCAUAUUGCUGCUUUGCGGAAGCUGUUUGAUCCUUCGACAGGUUGUGAAGUUUACAACCUGGGAACAGGGAAAGGAUCGUCAGUCUUAGAAGUGGUGGCAGCAUUUGAGAAGGUAUCAGGAAAGAAAAUUCCACUGGUGAUGUCUGGUCGACGACCUGGGGAUGCCGAAAUUGUAUAUGCAGCAACAGAGAAAGCAGAACGAGAAUUGAAUUGGAGGGCAAAAUAUGGCAUUGAAGAUAUGUGCCGGGAUCAGUGGAACUGGGCUAGUAAAAACCCCUACGGCUAUGAAGGAUCGCAGGAAUCAAAGUGACAGUGCAAUGCAUUCAUUUAACUGCUUGUUGUUUCAUGGACACAUUAUUCCAGCCGUUGAGUCGCUUAUCCUCACUGCUAAUCACCACCGAUCAAUCUUUUCUUUCGGGGGUAAGGAUUCCGCGUAUAUUACUAGGAUCAUAGAAUGGUCGGAAUAUUUACAUUUUCUAACUGGAGUUCUAACGCGAGUGGGAUGUUUUCCAUCGUGAAGAAAAAGGGAUAGUCGAUGAAUAAUAUUGCUCGUUUAGCUGAAACCUAUAGAGUGGCAUUUUAUUUGUUCUUUUAUUCUUUUUGUAACUAGCAGCAGAGCAAUCAUAUUGUUGAAAGAUUCUAAUUACAUUAUUUAUGGUUUGAUUA